AUGCCGGGAAGAUUGAAUGGUGUUAUCAUUUGUGAUACAGCAACAAAGAAAGCAAAAGCACUGGGAAUUAUUAGAAAGAAAAAUACUUUAUUCGUGGCUGAAGUAAAGGGUCACAUUGAUGAAAAAUACAUUAAUGAUUACAUAAACUUUUUACCGAUAAUAAGAAACUUAGAUAUUAUCACAGAUGAAAAAACAAUUGGCAGUUUUAUGUAUAAUUACAUGAAAUCAAACAAUCUACCAGUUGACCAGAAACAGAGAAAAUUAACUCAGUUAGCAUCAACACACAACCAAUAUCAAUCAUUUUCUUCUUAUUAUCUUUGGUAUCUAAUAGACAGAUUUCAUUUUAUCAUUGAUGACAUUCAAUCAAUUUUAACAUUUACGAAAAAUACUUGUUUUAAUGAAUUUGCGAACGAAUUUAUGAACGAAAGACAAAAGGCUGAAUUAGAAGGAAAUAAAGGAAAAAGUUUAUUUUGCAAGAUUUCACUUAAUGGAUCAUAUGGUUACGAUGCAAUGAAUACACAAAAUUACGCAAAGACUAAAAUAAUGAAUGCACAGAAGGCACACGUUGCAUGUAUGUCAAAUAAGUUUAAAAACAUAAGAGAAAUAGGUGAAGAUACGUAUCAAGUGAUGCUUAAAGAUAGAUUUUAUAGAUGUGAUACAUGUUUACAAGAGGCAUUCUUCACUUUAGAUAAUGCAAAAUACUGGUAUUUGGUUUUCAUUUAUGAUUUUAUGUAUAAAUGCAUGGAUGUUAAUCGUUUUCAUUUCAUUGAAGGUGAUACUGAUUCAUCUUAUUGGGCUAUUGCUGGCGAUCCAAGUCUUCCUAACACUCAAGCAUUUCAAGCAAUUGUAACCGAUAAACAAUUUUAUGAUAAAAACAUUUACAAAUUCGCACCUUUUGAUUUCUUCUGUUUUGAUGAGAAAUUUAAACCUAAAUUAAAGAAUAAAGCUGAAGAAAAAGCACAUGAGAAGAAGUUAUUGGGUUUAGCAAUUGAGAAACAAGGUGAUAACAUGGUUGCUUUAUGCCCUAAGUGUUAUACUUCAUUCAACGGUUCAAUUGAUGGAGGUGAUUUUAAAAAGAUUGCACAAAAAAUGAAAGGUGUUAGUUUACGACAAAAUAAACAAUUAACACCUAAAAAUUAUUUGGAUAUAAUAAAUGAUAAAGUGAUAUUUGAUGGUCAGAAUAUUAAUUUACAACUUAAAAACGGGUCAAUGACUCGCUUAACAAUUGGUAAGACUGCAUUAACAGGAGCACACACUAAGGCUGUAUGUUGUGAAAAUGGAUGUUGUAUGCCGUUUAUUUAA